AUUUUAUAAUGAUUGUAAAAAUAAAUAGUUAACUUAACAUUGAUAGGAAGAAUAGCGAUUGUGACAUAAUAGAUUAUUGAUGUACGUUGGUUCAUUGCAAAGAAUUUUAAUUACAAGAAAAGAUUUUGGAUUUGUGGGGAAUUUUGCCAUGUUGCGGUCGAGUGCAAGUGACAAAGAUGAAAAGCGGAAAUUGGAAUGUGAUGUCAUAAUCGACCCUAAACGAACAAAGCUUGAAGUUGAAAAAGUUGAAAAAAAAUUGAAUCAUUCGUUUCGAUCGAAACAAAAGUUACCGAUCCACAUGCGAUACGCAAAGCAACCUCUAUUUCAAAACAAAGACAUUUUCAAAGAAACCGAAUAUUAUUUUGAGAAUGGUUUUCGUAAAGUUCAUCCGUAUUAUUUUGACUUCAAUACUUUUUGCAAAGGUCGUUGGUUGGGAAAGACACUACGCGAGGUUUACACCACAGAGUUUAGUUUGUACCCAAUCGAACAUUACGAACGCGCAGUUUUGGAGGGUGGGGUUAAAGUUAACUUGAAACCAGUUGUUUCAUUGGACGUUAAACUUCGCGAUAAUGAUAUGAUAUCCGCCAGGUUACAUCGCCACGAAGCUCCCGUGCUCGACACCAAAGUUGAAAUAAUUGAAGACAAUUCAAAGUAUGUGGUUGUAAACAAACCAUCGAGUAUUCCCAUUCACCCAUGCGGAAGGUUUAGGAAUAAUUCCCUGGUUUAUAUUUUAGCAAAGGACCUUGGAUACCAAGGUUUGCUUGGUUGCCACAGAAUUGAUAGACUUACUUCAGGAAUCGUCAUUUUUGGGAAAACUAAAAAUAUUGCCCACAAAGUGGCCAAAGAAAUAUCGGAAAGAAAGGUGGAAAAACAAUAUGUUUGCAAGGUAGUUGGGGAGUUCCCCAGUACCGAUAUUGUUUGCAACGAACCCGUAAGUUUGUUCAAUCGUAAACUUGGUUACGCUGUGGCUUGGAAGGUAGAGGGGGUGGUGGGUAAGGAAGCAAGCACGUGGUUCACAAGGAUGUCGUACGACGGGACAAACAGUGUGGUUUUGUGCAAACCUAAGACAGGUCGAACACAUCAGAUCCGAGUCCAUCUUCAAUAUCUUGGCUUUCCGAUAAUAAACGACCCGAUAUACAACCAUCCUGCGUGGGGGGAGGAGAGGUUCAAAGUGGGCCGGUGCACGAGGGGGUUGGGGGAAGUGGUCGAUCAAAUAUCAAAACAAUUCCUUCAAACGAAGGAUGAACAAAAGCAAAUAAUGAAAGAAAGUUUGGCAAGCAUGAGCGAGGCUCCGGCUGUUGAUGGUGAUCGAUACGCUCCGUCAUGCGUUGAAUGUAUCAAACCACUACCCGACCCUAACCCGCAAUCCUUGUUUAUUUAUUUGCAUGCGCUCAGUUACAAAGGGCCAGAUUGGGAGUUUAAAACAAACAUGCCUGCAUGGGCAAACUGACUGCGGUAAUAUACAUCACGUUUGCUGCUGCUUGGAAAUUCAAUCACGUUUUUAUUGAAUGAAUGCAAGGAUACAAAAGCCGCCCCAAAAAAUUCGAAUAAAAUUCUUUUUUUUAAAGUUUUAUUGCACGAACACUUCUCAGUUUCUCCAUUUAAUUUCCUGCCAAAUAUAUCAAUGUUUGUUGCA